AACAAAUUCCCUUGAGCCACAUUAUUUUCAUCUCCAUUCAUAUUUUCAUCUGAACAUUUUUUGUUUCGUUUAUAAUUCAUUUAAAUUUCCAGAAUUAAUCAAUAUGGAAUAUGAGGAUAGUCUCUACAGACAAGUUCAGAGGCCAAAAUAUGAGUGUCUUCUAUUUGAUCUUGAUGAUACACUUUACCCCCUAAGUUCUGGCCUAGCAAACUCUGUUCUUAACAACAUUCAAGAUUAUAUGGUUGAAAAAUUGGGUAUUGAACAGAGCAAAAUUCCUCUGUUAUGUGAUCUUCUCUACAAAAACUAUGGAACCACAAUGGCAGGUCUAAGGGCAAUCGGCUACGAUUUUAACUACGACGAGUACCACAGCUUCGUCCACGGGCGGUUGCCUUAUGAAAAUCUGAAACCGGACCCGGUCUUGCGAAGCCUCUUGCCGAGUUUGCCCGUUCGAAAAGUCAUCUUCACGAAUGCUGACAAAGUCCACGCCGUGAAAGUCUUGAACCGACUCGGAUUGGAGGACUGUUUCGAAGGGAUAAUAUGCUUCGAGACGCUUAACCCGACUCACGAGAGCUUCUUGCAGCCUCUGAACGAUGGCCGUGAGAUAUUCGACAUUAUUGGGCACUUUUGUCGGCUUAAUAAUGAGGGCUCGUCCGGGCUGUUGCCAAAAACACCGAUUGUGUGCAAGCCUUCGGAACAAGAUGCUGCAAACAACAGGCGUGUCGCCGCCAUCUACAACCUGAGCCGCCGGGCCGAGUGGUUUGGCCGCGAGCUCGAGACAAUGGGUCGUGACAUUGCAGAUCUGUCCGCGGAGAUCGGGGACAUACGUCUAACUAUCCGUACCAUGGUUCGGGACAAGCAAAAGUACCGUGACGUCGGCAACCGGGGCGUUCGCGGGGGAUUUCGCGGAGGAAGUGGAGGCCGUGGUCCAAGCGGGGCGCCCCGCCGGAGAUCUUCACAACCACCGUUCGGCGACGAAGACGGCGAGGAGACAGUCUCGGAGGUGAAUCCCUUCGACGAUUUUCCAACCCCGCACGUCGAGGCUGACCCCUUCGUUGCAUACGACGGCCGUGACAUGCGGCGAUGGGGCCAGGUCUUCGUGGACGGCGACGAUAGAGGCAGGCACGAGGAGGCUGCUUUCGUCGGCGGAUAUCGUGCCCGACCCGAUUGGGGACUUGAUCGCGAAUAUAGUCAAUGGGAGGGCCCGUUUCGCGUUGACAUCCCCAAAUUCGACAGUGAGCAAGUUGACGGGCCAUUGUACGACGGUCCGCCGAUUUUCGAUGAGGAGCCUCCGGGGUCGGAGGAUGAAGUUGGCACUGUUGCUAUCAAAACCAUUGCACUUGAUGCGAUUCUUGGUGGUGUUGCAUCUGGAUUUAAGGAAUUUGAAGCAGAGGAGUUUGAUAUGCGGCUAUAUAUAUUGAAGCAGUUCAAUGGUGCAACCUCCAAUAUCCAGAAAAGGGCAAAGGCUUUAGAAGUAUUUGUUUGGGUUGAGCGAGUAACUCAAGUUGAGGAGAGGAGAAGUGUCAUUCGAGCAACCGAGUAUUUUGUGGCUAGCCAAGGGGGAAACGCCGGGCUAUUCUUGUCAUGGGGACAUCUCCAACAAGAACGGGUCGGAUUCGAGGGCGAAUCCUGCUCAACCGGGAGAGAAUGA